AUCGCGUCACGUGUCUAGCGUGGGCCAAUCACAUCGUGUGUGACGUAAAGGGGCGUUUAUUGUUUCUGACGUUACGCGACAAGUCUGCAGAGGUUACCGUCGCCAGUCAAGUAAAAUGUUGUCCUCGAUCAUUGCGAAAAGACUGGUGCCAGGGAUCUGCCAGACAGCAUGGAGACCUGUGGUCACUGGCCUGGUACCGACCCGUUGUUACCGUGGCGAUGCACCGGAUGAUGCUAGGACUGACCUGAUUGAGAUCCCCUUGCCCCCUUGGGAAGAAAAGGCCGGCGAGCCCAUUGACAUCAAGAGACGUCGCCUUCUCUAUGAGAGCCGUAAAAGGGGCAUGUUGGAGAACUGCAUAUUGCUCAGCAUUUUUGCCAAGCGAUACCUGAAUACGAUGAGUGAGACCCAGCUGCAGCAGUAUGACAGACUCAUUAAUGAACCAAGCAAUGACUGGGACAUCUACUAUUGGGCAACAGAGGCUCAGCCCACACCAGACAUUUACCAAGGAGAGAUCAUGGAUAUGCUAAAGGAGUUCACAAAGAAUCGCAAUCAGGAGCAGCGUUUGGAUGCCCCCAGCUUGGAAUACCUGGAAAAAGAAGGCCAAUGAUGAUCAUUCCCCUUUUAACAAACUCUUUCAUUUGAGUGCUGAAUGAAACCAUGGUAAUAACCUACUGUGGAAAACGUCCGAGUGGACUACUGUACAGUCGGUUGCCUCCAAUGUUUUGUGGGUUACAAUGUAAUGAUAACAUUUAUUCUUUAUUCUUCCCACAUGUCCCCCCAAUACACUACCCAACGCUUAUAAGAGGUGCCCUGAAGACAUAUUAUUAUGUGUGAUACAAUUAGUUUUAUUUGCAUGUUAUUUUAUAAACGUUGAUCUUCUCUGGGUACUCUCAUCACCAUUUUCCAGUUGCCAGAGGUUUGGUUAUUACUUUAGUGUUAGGCAUAUCCACAUUCAGGGCCGGAAAUAACAAGGAGUGGAAUAAAUCACUUUUUGUAAUCAUUAGACCAUUUCUUGCCAGAAUUUCUGUCUCAUUGUUUUGCAUUUGAGAGGCACCUUCAUGUAAAUAAAGUAAACAUGACAGUACCUACUGUAGCGUCUAAUGUGAAGAGUUGUGAAAUAAAUAUCUUAUGUAGA